AUGGGAGACGUUAUCUCUGAGAAGCCUCAUAAUGCGUGGCUUGGUGCUAAGGGCCCUGCUGCUCUUGAUCUUCGAAGUGAUACGGUUACAACUCCAACUCCGGCUAUGCUUGAGGCUAUCUCAACAUGCUCCUUGCUGGAUGAUGUCUUCCAGGAGGACCCUGCCACAAAUGAUCUCGAAGCCUAUGUCGCUGAGCGCACAGGCAAAGAAGCCGGUCUUUUCGUCCUCUCAGGCACGAUGGGAAACCAACUUGCUCUAAGAUCUCUUCUAACACAACCACCUUACUCGGUGGUCUGCGACUACCGUGCUCAUAUCUUCACAGCUGAAGCCGGCGGUACUUCAAAUCUCACCGGAGCUCAAAUUCAAACCGUUAUUCCCAAGAACGGCAGAUAUAUGACCCUAGAAGAAAUUCAGGAGAACGUGACUCUGGAUGAUGAUGUUCACGGCUGCCCUACACGAGUGAUCAGUCUUGAGAAUACUCUCCAUGGCAUGAUUAUGCCCUUGAGCGAGGUUAAGCGCAUCGCCGAGUUUGCUAGACAACAUGAUAUCAAGCUUCACUUGGAUGGCGCACGACUAUGGGAAGCUAUCGUAUCCGGAGCUGGUUCCCUGACCGAAUACUGUUCUUACUUCGAUACUGUCAGUCUAUGCCUUUCUAAGGGUCUUGGUGCACCAGCUGGAAGUGUCCUUGUAGGUCCCAAGGCCACACUGAAGCACGCUCGCUGGGUUCGCAAGUCCAUCGGCGGUGGUCUUCGACAAUCCGGCGUUCUCACCUCUGCCGGCCGCGUGGCCAUCGAGCAAACCUUUGGUAAAGCACCCAACGGACAAGAUGGACCUCUAAAGGCCUCGCACGAGAUGGCGCGCAAGGUUGAUGAGCUGUGGACCAGCAUGGGUGGCAAGAUCAAUGAGCCGACUGAGACUAACAUGGUGUGGUUGGAUCUCACGGCUGCAGGGUGCAGUGCGAAGCGAUUCAUUGAACUUGGAGCUGAAGUUGGGCUUAAAUUUAUGGGUGGUAGAUUGGUGACACAUUACCAGGUUGCGCAGAACGGGGACGAGGUUCUGAAGCGACUGAAGGUGGUUUUUGAAAAGGUUCUUGGGGAGUGUCAAGAUUCAAGUGCGGGACAAAAUAUUGGAAAGGGAAGCGUCUAUGUGCCGCAAUAG